AUGCUAGAGUACUUGCCACUAUUGUGGGUUGGUGCACUUCCGGCACCCUGCGUAUCCGGACACGGAACCCGAUCUCCGUCUCAGCCCAACUCGACGGUGGAGAUGGCAAUGGAGAUGACAAUGGAGAUGGCGAUGAAGAUGAAGAACCUCAAUGUCGACCUCGAUGCAGCGCACCACACUGCCCCCCUUAAAGGCAAGAUAGCUGCGCUGGCCCGCGACGGCACGUGCCGUAUCUCGGGGUACGGAGACGCCGUCGAGGCCGCGCACCUCGUGCCCCUGGCCAACAGGCAUUGGUUCUCGUCCAACAACAUGGCAAGAUAUUGCCGUUUCCCCACAGACCCCCACCCCAUCAGCGACGAAAGGAACCUGAUCACCCUCCGCCGCGACCUGCAUCACCUGCUGGACACGCGCCGCUUUACCCUCGCAGCCAAGCCCGUCUCCGCUUCGCCGCAACCGUCAUCACCGACCACGCCACCCCCCGGCGCCCACGCACCCACCGCCCAGCUCUCCCUGCACGUCAUGCUCUCCUCGCCGUCCGGCCAGCUCGCAGAUUUGUACCACAACCGCGUGCUGCAGCUGGUACGAGGCAUCGCGGUCGAGUUCCUGUUUGCGCGCUUCGCCUGGACGCUCUUCGCAGACGAGACCAUGCCUUUCCUCAGCGGCGCCGUCCGGCACAACGUGCUGCUGUUUGAUCCAGCCGAGGGCCGCUUGGGCGAGGACUCACUGCGGGCGGCUGAGGUUCGUGAGCGUGCUGCUAACGUCUUUGAGAUGUGCUACUCCAGCCGCAGCGUCAGUCCUAGGAAGCGAUCGCGGCCGGGUCAUUCUCUCGCGCUGACGGAUGCCGAGGGCUUUGAGCUGGGGGCGGCUUCGGAAAUGGGCGGGCCGGACGAGGAGGAGGCGGACUGGGAUGCGAGUGAGGUUGACGACGAGAGCGAUGAAGAGCAGUGGACAAGAGGGCGGCGCAGGAAGCGAAGCCAUGGCGCUUCGGGGCGGGAGGACAAUAACACGGCCCCCAGCCUCGGGGCUUCCUCCGUAUCGGUGUCGGGCGCCAGCAUAGCAAGCGUUCGCGAAGAACUCUUGCUUGGCGCCGAUGAUGGCGGUAAGGGGCCCACACCCACUACACGGCCCAAAUCCGGCACCUCCCGUCGACGCAUGCGUAGUGGAAAGAUGGGUGUGUGA